AUGAAGGAGAUCCCAGCUGCGGACAAGACUUUUGCGACCAUCGGAGCAAUCCUUUGGUCCAUCCAGGUCAUCCCUCAAAUCAUCAAGAGUUACCGCACAAAGAGCACAGAUGGACUCAGUCCCGCCCUCAUGUUUAUCUGGGCAUGCGCAACAAUCUUCCAGGGCUCCUACCUCGUGGCGAUGCGGUCCUCGAUCCCCCUCCAACUGCAACCACAAGUGUUUGGCGCUCUCGGCGUCAUCUCAUGGGGUCAAUGCCUGUACUAUGGGAAGAAGUACUCGCUCCGCAAAACUCUUUGCUGCGUAUUCACAUUCUAUGUCUUCUUUGCGGCCUUUGAGACCGGAUCCGUCUACGCUCUUUGGGCCGGGCAGAGGCGGGGUAUCACUUGGCCCAUCGAUAUGUACGGGUGGAUCACGAGUGCGCUGCUCAUCCUGGGCCUCAUGCCCCAGUACUACGAAAUCUACAAGCACAAGGAGGUUGUGGGCAUCUCGCUCCUCUUCAUGGCUGUUGAUAUCUUUGGCGGCUUGUUCUCGGGCAUCUCGCUCUUCUUUAGGAAACACUUUGAUAGUAUUGCUUUCGUGCAGUACUUCCUUGUUGUGGUGCUCGAUGGCGUCGUUGUCAUUCUUGCCUUCAUCUUGAACCCGAUGGCCAAGAAGAGGCGAGCACGCGAGGCCGCCCUCGCCGACGCGGAGAACUCGGCAGGCGUCGAGGACAGCACUAUGCCCAACCCUAACGACAGCGGUUCGGCAGCCGUGAGCGUCUGCGACGACGGCAGCAAGGCCGGCGACUCGUAUGUUCGCACCAUGACAAAGGCGACCGACUCGACCAGCUCAGCUCGCUCAACCGACGACUACGACUCGAUCAUCGGCCGCGAGGAGCGAGCUGUCUGA